AUGACUGACUCAAUAGAAGCAACACCAUCGUUGGAUUUGAACGACAUUUUGAAGCACGAAGACGAAUAUCCCAAAUCGGAACUCACCAUGGAUGCCGAAAAUGUAUCAAAGUACUUCACUAAAACUGAUAAACAAGUAGUGGAUGUAGCCAAAACCAGUCAAAGGUUUCAGUAUUUAUUGGGCUUGACUGGAUUGUUUCAUCAUUUCAUAGAAGCCAAGGCCAAUAAGGAUCCAUUAUUUCGAAAGAUUGUUGAUGAUAUUCAUAAUGAUAGUUCAUUAAAUAAUGGAAUUAAAAUUAAAGGAGGAGUAUCAAGAAGAAGAAAAACUGAAAAGGAAGAAGAUGCUGAAUUAUUAAAUGAUGAAGUAGAUACUAGUCCAAUUCUUGAAUUUACUGAUAGUCCAAGUUAUGUUAAUGGGAAAUUAAGACCAUAUCAAAUUCAAGGAUUAAAUUGGUUAAUUUCAUUAUAUGAAAAUAAUCUUUCAGGGAUUUUAGCUGAUGAAAUGGGAUUAGGUAAAACUUUACAAACUAUUUCAUUUUUAGGUUAUCUUCGAUUUAUUAAACAUAUUAAUGGACCUCAUAUUGUAAUUACUCCCAAAUCAACUUUAGAUAAUUGGGCCAGAGAAUUUAAUCAUUGGAUUCCUGAUAUAAGAGUAUUAAUUUUACAAGGUGAUAAAGAUCAACGUCAAGAUAUCAUUCGUAAUCAAAUCUUACUGUGUAAAUUCGAUGUAAUCAUUGUAUCUUAUGAAAUAGUUAUUCGAGAAAAGUCAACUUUUAAAAAAUUUAAUUGGGAAUAUAUUAUAAUUGAUGAAGCCCAUAGAAUUAAAAAUGAAGAAUCUUUACUUUCCCAAAUUAUUAGAAUGUUUCAUUCUAAAAAUAGAUUAUUAAUUACGGGAACUCCAUUACAAAAUAAUUUACAAGAAUUAUGGGCUUUAUUAAAUUUUAUUUUACCGGAUGUAUUUGCUGAAAGUGAAUCAUUUAAUGAAUGGUUUAAUAAUGGAGGAGGUUCUGAUAAUAAUCAACAAACUAAUGGACGUCAAGAUACAGUCAUUGAACAAUUACAUAAAGUAUUAAAACCUUUUCUUUUAAGAAGAAUUAAAUCCGAUGUUGAAAAAUCUUUAUUACCAAAGAAAGAAUUAAAUGUAUAUGUAAAAAUGACUGAUAUGCAAAGAAAAUGGUAUCAAAAGAUUUUAGAAAAGGAUAUUGAUGCUGUAAAUGGUGCUAAUGGUAAAAAGGAAUCUAAAACAAGAUUAUUAAAUAUUGUAAUGCAAUUAAGAAAAUGUUGUAAUCAUCCAUAUUUAUUUGAAGGAGCUGAACCAGGACCUCCAUUUACUACCGAUGAACAUUUAAUAUUUAAUUCUCAAAAAAUGAUAAUUCUUGAUAAACUCUUACGGAAAUUUCAAUCAGAAGGUUCAAGAGUAUUAAUCUUUUCUCAAAUGAGUAGAAUGUUAGAUAUUUUAGAAGAUUAUUGUUAUUUUCGAGAAUUUCAAUAUUGUCGAAUUGAUGGACAAACUGAACAUGCUGAUCGUGUUAAUGCUAUUGAUGAAUAUAAUAAACCGGGAAGUGAAAAAUUUGUAUUUCUUUUAACUACUAGAGCGGGUGGGUUAGGUAUUAAUUUAACAAGUGCUGAUAUUGUUAUAUUAUUUGAUUCAGAUUGGAAUCCUCAAGCUGAUUUACAAGCUAUGGAUAGAGCUCAUAGAAUUGGACAAACAAAACAAGUUAAAGUAUUUAGAUUUAUUACUGAAAAUGCCAUUGAAGAGAAAGUAUUAGAAAGAGCCACUCAAAAAUUAAGAUUAGAUCAAUUAGUUAUUCAACAAGGUAGAAAUACUACUGCAUUAGAUGGACAACAAAGUACAAAGGCAGCCUCUAAAGAUGAAUUAUUAGAUAUGAUUCAAUUUGGAGCAUCAAAUAUCUUUUCUGAUAAUAAUAAUGAUAAUAUUAAUGGAGAAAAAUCUAUUGAUAUUGAAGAAAUUUUAAGACAAUCUGAAAGUAAAACUCAACAAUUAAAUCUGAAAUAUUCUAAAUUAGAUCUUAAUGCUUUACAAAAUUUUACAAAUGAUGAAUCUGUUUAUGAAUGGAAUGGAGAAAAUUUUAAAAAGAAAGAAUCUACUACUAUUACUAAUAUUGGUCAUGCUUGGAUUAAUCCUGGUAAAAGAGAAAGAAAAGAAAAUUAUUCAAUUGAUAUGUAUUAUAAAGAUGUAUUAAAUACUGGUGGAAGAACUGUUGGUUCAGGUCCAAAAUCAGGACCUAGACCACCUAAACAAUUAAAUAUUUAUGAUCAUCAAUUUUAUCCUGCUAAAUUAUUUGAAUUAAUGGAAUUAGAAAAAAAUUAUUAUAAGAAACAAAUUCGUUAUAAAGUACCAAUUAAAGCAGGAGAUGCUUCUACAUUAAAAGAACGAGAAUUAGAUCAAAAAUUAGAACAAGAAGAAAUUAAUAAUUCUCGUCCAUUAACUGAAGAUGAGAAAUUAUUAAAAGAUGAAUUACUUACUCAAGGGUAUAGUAAUUGGAAUAGAAGAGAUUUUACACAUUUUAUUGCCGUAUGUUCUAAAUAUGGACGUAAUAGUAUUCCAUUAAUUGCUCAAGAAUUUGAAGAUAAAUCUGAAGAAGAAGUUCGAGAAUAUGCUCGAGCCUUUUGGAAAAAUUAUCAUGAAAUUGAUGGAUAUGAAAGAUUCAUUAAUCAAAUUGAAUCAGGAGAAGAAAAGAUUCUUAAAUUAAAAUUACAAAAAGAAGCUCUUCGAAGGAAAUUAUCUCAAUAUAGAUAUCCUUUACAAGAACUUAUUUUAAAAUUCCCUCCUUCUACUACUAAUAAAAGAACUUUUAGUGAAGAAGAAGAUCGUUUCUUACUUGUUCAAGUAUAUCGAUAUGGAUUAGAAUCUCCUGAUUUAUUUGAUAGAGUUAAAGAAGCUAUUAGAGAUUCACCAUUAUUUCAAUUUGAUUUCUUCUUUCAAAGUCGUAAUGCUGGAGAAUUAUCAAGAAGAUGUACUACUUUAUUAGGAUGUAUAUUAAAGGAGAUUAAUCCUGAAGUCAGUUCAGAAGGUAAUGGAAAGAGAAAGAAGGAAGAUACACCAGAAGUUAAGAAGAAAGCUAAGAAGUAAAGUAAACUCAAGUAAAGUAAAGUAGCCUGUAUAUUAGUCGUAAGUAUUUACAAAUGUAUAAGAUAAACUAAGUAAUUCA